AUGGGUAGAUUUCAGAAUCCUUUAACCAAUGGAAAAGAAAAAGGAGGUGAUAAUUUCCACUUUAUUGGUGUUGAUGUCGGCACAGGCUCUGUAAGAGCCUGCGUGAUUGACAGAAAGGGAGAUAUUUUGGCUUUAGUUGAUAAGCCUAUUAGUAGGGAGGAAUUGAAACCAGGUUUCAUAACACAAUCCUCGGAAGAAAUUUGGGAUAGUAUCUGUUUCUGUGUUCGGAAAGUCAUCGCUGACGCUAAGAUUCCUGCUAAUAAGGUCAUUGGUAUUGGUUUCGACGCAACCUGUUCACUGGCCGUAGUAGAUAAGGAUACUUUGGAAGGACUUGCUGUAGGCCCGCAAUUUUCCAAGAAUGAUCAAAAUAUCAUUAUGUGGAUGGAUCACAGAGCAUCGCAGGAGACAGAUGAAAUAAAUUCAAUUUAUGAUGCCCCUUUGAAGUAUGUAGGCGGCAAAAUGUCAAUUGAAAUGGAAAUGCCAAAAAUUAAGUGGUUGAAAAAUCAUAUGCCAAGAGAAACAUUUCGAAAGGCCGUGUUUUUUGACCUGCCUGAUUACUUAACUUUCAAGGCCACAGGAAUGCAAAAUAGAUCUCUUUGUUCAGCAGUUUGCAAACAAGGUUUACUUCCAAUUGGGGUAGAAGGUUCAACUGAAGGUUGGUCAAGAACGUUUCUUAGUAACACUGGCUUGCCAGAAUUAAUAGAAAACGAAUUUGAAAGGAUUGGGGGUCCAGGCAACAAUUCCAGGAAUUUCUUAAGUGCAGGUGAAUAUGUUUCGACAUUAUCCAAAAGUUCAGGCGAGCAACUUGGCUUGACCGAGAGUUGCGUCGUUGGUUCAGGUUUAAUAGAUGCAUAUGCAGGACUUAUAGGAACAAUAGCUGCAAGGAUAGAUGAAAGUGCGCGCACCCAGGAUGAUGCGAAUGGGCAAGAUCUACAAAACGCAAUAGGUAGGCUUGCUGCUGUUGCCGGGACCUCUACAUGCCAUAUAACCUUAUCAGAUAAGCCUAUCUUUGUUAAUGGUGUCUGGGGACCUUAUAAAGAUAUCUUGGCCAAGGAUUAUUGGUGUGCUGAAGGAGGGCAGAGCUGUACAGGCGAAUUGUUGAAACAUGUCAUAACGACACAUCCAGCAUACGAAGAGCUCAAAAUAAAGGCUGCGAAGUCAAAACUUGACCUUUUUGAAUGUCUGAAUGAGAUUAUACGCGAUCUUGCCGAGCAAAAGGGUACAUGUACGAUAUUGGAGUUAACGAAAGGCCUAUUUCUUUAUGGUGAUUACCAUGGAAAUAGAUCUCCCAUUGCAGAUCCCCGAAUGAGGGCUUCUAUUAUUGGACAAUCCAUGGACACAACGGUAGAAUCCUUGGCACUUAUAUACUUAGCAGCAUGUGAAUUCAUAGCACAUCAAACGCGACAUAUCAUUACAAAAAUGAAUGAAGCUGGGCACUCAAUACGGAGCAUAUACAUGUCAGGGGGUCAAUGUAGAAAUAAUAUAUUAAUGGAAUUGUUGGCUGACUUUACAGGUUUACCCGUUGUUAUUCCCAAAUAUAUUGAUGCUGCUGUCGUGUUCGGAGCAGCAUUAAUAGGUGCAACUGCAUGGGACGUUUUUAAUCAGUGCGAAACUAAUGAUGAUAGAGUUCCACAGGUUGAACAUACUUUAUGGAAUGCUAUGGUUAAAAUGACAGGUAACGGUACGACUAUUGCACCGAAAGUGAAUAGGCACGCUUCACAAGCGCUUUUGAAUACUAAGUAUAAAAUUUACAUGGAUAUGGCAAAAACACAGAAAAAAUACAGAAGUUUAAUUGACGACAGCUUGAGCGUGCAAUAG